UAAAAUACUGACAGAGUUAAAGUGUCCUCCGGUUCGCUCCCCGGUAGCGGUCUCCUCCCGGUGCCGCGGAGGACCGAGCAGCUCGCGGCAGCAGCGCGUGAGAGAGAGAGUGGACGGCGCCAAGAAGAGCAGCCGUUAGAGUCAAAAUGGCGUCUGGUUUCCCCCUCAACGGCCGUUUAAUCCAUCUGUGAUUAGCUGAUAACUCCACUCAGAGACCCAGGGCUGGUUCUGCUGGUUCCCGCUCAUCACGCGCACCUUUAGGCGACAUGUCGGACUCUGAGGAGGACAGCCAGGACCGGCAGCUGAAGGUAGUGGUGGUCGGAGACGGAGCCUGCGGGAAGACAUCACUCGCCACCAGGUUUGCUCAGGAGGCCUUCGGGAAGCAGUACAAACAAACCAUCGGCCUGGAUUUCUUUCUGAAGAGAAUGAGCCUUCCAGGCAACUUGAACGUGACCCUGCAGGUGUGGGAUAUUGGAGGCCAAACGUUAGGAGGGAAGAUGCUGGAUAAAUACGUAUACGGAGCUCAUGGGGUUCUCCUGGUGUAUGACAUCACCAACUACCAGAGCUUUGAGAACCUGGAGGAUUGGUUCAGCAUGGUGAAGAAGGCCAACGAGGAGUCUGACAUCCAGCCGGUCAUCUCCCUGAUUGGAAACAAAAUCGACCUGGAGCACAUGAGGACAGUGAAAGCUGACAAACACCAGCGAUUCUGCCAAGAGAACGGCCUCGUCAGCCAGUUCGUAUCGGCCAAGACGGGAGACUCGGUCUACCUUUGUUUCCAGAGAGUGGCUGCUGAGAUUCUUGGUGUGAAGCUAAACAAAGCAGAGAUAGAGCAGUCCCAGCGCGUGGUGAAGGCCGACAUCGUGAACUACAGUCAGGACACCGUGGCCCGGACCGCCAACCCCCCCCGCAGCUCCAUGUGUGUGCUGCAGUGACACACACACACACACACACACACACACACACACACACACACACACCCACACACACUCUUAAAGAUGUAAAUUGCCUUGAGUCAGUAUUUGUGGGCUGUUGGAUGAAGUGUGUUCUCUGAGUUCCUGAGUGAGAGAUGAAGAUGAAGAUGAAGAUGAAGAACAGGCUGUGGUUUGGAGGCCUGAAGUUGGGCUGAAGUUGGGCUGAAGUUGGGCUGAAGUUGGUCUGGAGUUGGGCUGAAGUUGGUCUGAAGUUGGGAGAUUUGGCAGAAUGAUUUCUUGGGUGGUUUACCAAGAAGGAAACGGGACCUCCGUUUUUUUCAAGUUUACACGCAGCUAUCAUUUUAUUUCUAUAAUUCACCUUAAAUGAAUAUUUAACAAAAGACUCUUGAAAGAGAAAGGUCAGAUUUUUGAAGUGGGAUUUAUGAGAUACUCCAGUGAGUAUUUAGGGAUUUAAAAAAAACAAAAAACAGAACAAAACAUUAUCCAAAUUGAAGUAGGUGCAAUAUUUGUUAAAGUUUGAAAUAAUAUUCAGAAAAAAAAAUAUUGUUGUGCUGUAAGAUGUCUUGACCCUACAAAUCUAUAUCCCAAAGAAUAUUUGUACGGUACAGAUCCUUACAAAAAAAAAAAAGGUUAUCUAGAAUAUAUUUCCCUCCAAUGUCAUGAAUCAUACCACAAUCACAAUAU